UUAGAGAGAGAAGAGUGUAUUUAUUUAACGGAGAGAAAAACGGAGGGGUGUCGUGAAAUCGUAUCAUCUUCAAUGGGAAACCCUAAUUUCGAAACAACUUCUGUGCAAUCCCCUAAUUUCUCGAUUGGGGAAACAGCAUCUGAUUUAGAUUUGUGUGGUAAAAGAAAAAGAGGUAAUGAGAUUCAGGAAAUCGAUGCCGCCAUGGCAAAGGCGAAGGCGAAGGCGAAGGCAAAGAAAUCGCGGAUGGUAUCGGAAUUCACAGAUUUCGAUGAUCUACUGCUUCGUUUCAAAAAUAAGAUGAUCUUCGAAAAUGAAGAUUUCGAUCUUAUGAGAGAUUAUUGCGACAGUGAUGAAGAUUAUGAUAUGAAAGAGGAGGUGAAAAGAAGUCUUCCAUUCGACAAGGGGCCAGUUCUUGAAUACAUCAAUCAAGUCCGCAAUAGCGGUGGAUUUGAUGUGGAUGUGAAGCUUCCUCGUUGGCUAGAUGUGGGCUGGGAUUUCAUCCACCUUCCUAUCACUGAAUCUCGCCGUGAUUAUUUGUAUGCGCAAGCAAACCUUGCGAUUGAUGAAAUCAAUGUUGACUUGGAAAGCAAAGCUUUCGAGCUUGUACAAGUUGUCAAGGCUGUCAUGUCGUAGCCCAUCUUUGAUCUGUCGUUUUUGACGCUGGCUGUGAAAGCUGCUACUAAUACUAAUACUAAUACUAAUACUAAUACUAUCACUAUCCAAGCAAUUGUCUACCAUCCCAUUGAUGCCCCUUGGGAGCUUAAGGAGUGGAGGAUCAAACCCGAGGUGGUUUGAAUGUUCCAUUUCUUCUUUUUGGUAUCCUCCUCCUAAUAUUAGAUACACUACUAUGUGAUAUGUCUUGUUUUAACAAGUUCUUGCCACUCUGUUUAUGUUUUCAUAUUUAAUGUUUGAACAAUUCUAAUUAUUACCAGUAUUUGGACUC